AUGGCCUCGGUGGGCGCGACCGCCGGCGGGGUGCGGCCGGGACCGGGAGCCGUGGCGGCCAGCUGCCCCAGCCCGGCCCCAGUGCCGGGCCCCGCGGGGGCGGAGGACGACGCGGAGGAGCCGGCGGAGACCCACCUGUGCGUGCUGUGGGGUGCGGGCUGCUUGGGCAUGGCCUACUACGACACCAGUGACGCCGCCGUCCACUUCAUGCCGGACGCCCCGGACCUCGAGAGCCUGCAGCUUCUGCAGAGAGUUCUGGAUGAAAUCAAUCCCCGGUCUGUUGUUACCAGUGCCAAGCAGGAUGAGAAUAUGACUCGGUUUCUGGGGAAGCUUGCCUCCCAGGAACACGGAGAGCCUAAGAGACCUGAAAUCAUAUUUUUGCCAAGUGUGGAUUUCGGUCUGGAGAUAAGCAAACAGCGCCUCCUUUCUGGAAGCUACUCUUUUAUCCCAGACUCCAUGACCACCACUGAGAAAAUUCUCUUCCUCUCCUCCAUAAUUCCCUUUGACUGCCUUCUCAUGGUUCGAGCGCUUGGAGGGCUGCUCAAGUUCCUGGGUCGAAGAAGAAUCGGGGUCGAACUGGAAGACUAUAACGUCAGCGUUCCCAUCCUGGGCUUUAAGAAAUUUGUGUUGACCCAUCUAGUGAGCAUAGAUCAAGAUACUUACAGUGUUCUGCAGAUAUUUAAGAGUGAGGCUCACCCCUCAGUGUACAAAGUGGCCAGUGGACUGAAGGAGGGGCUCAGCCUCUUUGGAAUUCUCAACAGAUGCCGCUGUAAGUGGGGAGAGAAGCUGCUCAGGCUGUGGUUCACACGUCCCACUCAUGACCUGGGGGAACUAAAUUCUCGUCUGGACGUCAUUCAGUUUUUCCUGCUACCCCAGAAUCUGGACAUGGCUCAGAUGCUGCAUCGGUUGCUGGGUCACAUCAAGAACGUGCCUCUGAUCCUGAAACGCAUGAAGUUGUCCCACACCAAGGUCAGCGACUGGCAGGUUCUCUACAAGACUGUGUACAGUGCCCUGGGCCUGAGGGAUGCUUGUCGCUCCCUGCCCCAGUCCAUCCAGCUCUUUCGGGACAUUGCCCAAGAGUUCUCUGAUGACUUGCACCACAUCGCCAGCCUCAUUGGCAAAGUGGUGGACUUUGAGGGCAGUCUCGCUGCAAAUCGCUUCACAGUCCUCCCCAACAUAGAUCCUGAAAUUGAUGAGAAAAAACGAAGGCUGGCGGGACUUCCCAGUUUCCUCACUGAGGUCGCUCGGAAGGAGCUGGAGAAUCUGGACUGCCGCAUUCCUUCAUGCAGCGUCAUCUACAUCCCUCUGAUCGGCUUCCUUCUUUCUAUUCCCCGCCUGCCUUCCAUGGUGGAGGCCAGUGACUUUGAGAUCGAGGGACUGGACUUCAUGUUCCUCUCAGAGGAGAAGCUGCACUAUCGCAGUGCUCGAACCAAGGAGCUGGACGCAUUGCUGGGGGACCUGCACUGCGACAUCCGUGACCAGGAGACCCUGCUGAUGCACCAGCUGCAGUGUCAGGUGCUGGCUCGGGCGGCUGUCUUGACCCGGGUGUUGGACCUUGCUUCCCGCCUGGACGUCCUGCUGGCUCUUGCCAGUGCUGCCCGGGACUAUGGCUACUCAAGGCCCCGUUACUCUCCCCGACUCUUUGGGGUACGGAUCCAGAAUGGCAGACAUCCUCUGAUGGAACUCUGUGCCCGAACCUUUGUGCCCAACUCCGCAGAGUGUGGUGGGGACAAAGGGAGGGUCAAAGUCAUCACUGGACCCAACUCCUCCGGGAAGAGCAUAUACCUCAAACAGGUAGGCUUGAUCACAUUCAUGGCCUUGGUGGGCAGCUUUGUGCCAGCCGAGGAAGCCGACAUCGGGGCAGUCGACGCCAUCUUCACCCGCAUUCAUAGCUGCGAAUCCAUCUCCCUUGGCCUCUCCACUUUCAUGAUCGACCUCAACCAGCAGGUGGCAAAAGCAGUGAACAAUGCCACCGAGCGGUCUCUGGUCCUUAUUGAUGAAUUUGGAAAGGGAACCAACACGGUGGAUGGGCUCGCACUGCUGGCCGCUGUGCUCCGACACUGGCUGGCACUCGGACCCACAUGCCCCCACGUCUUCGUGGCCACCAACUUUCUGAGCCUCGUUCAGCUACCCUUGUUGCCACAGGGGCCCCUUGUGCAGUAUUUGACCAUGGAGACCUGUGAGGACGGGAAUGACCUGGUCUUCUUCUAUCGGGUUUGUGAAGGUGUGGCCAACGCCAGCCAUGCCUCCCACACAGCUGCCCAAGCCAGGCUUCCGGACAAACUCAUAGCUCGUGGCAAGGAGGUCUCGGACUUGAUCCGCAGCGGAAAGCCCAUCAAGCCUCUCAAGGAGCUGCUGAAGGAGAAGCAAAUGGAAAAUUGCCAGACAUUAGUAGACAAGUUUCUGAAACUGGAUUUGGAAGAUCCCAACCUGGACCUGGACAGUUUCAUGAGUCAGGAAGUGCUCCCUGCAGCCACCACCGUCCUCUGAGUCCUUCUUCGCCCUCCUCCACUUCCCAAGCCCUGUGGGCUGCCGCGCCCUUUUUGUUUCUUCAGACCCAGAGUUCUCAGUUUCCCCAGAAAUUGUUUCACGUUAGGAAUAAAGUUUA